AUGAGUCAGGCAACCAGUUACACCUCCGUUCGGAUGGCCGCCGAACCGUCGGAGACCCCAGGGGAUUUUUUGCAUCAUGAAGAUUCCGGCACACUGGCGGCACCUCCGUGCUCCGAGUUCAACAGAAAUCACUGUCCUUUCACCGAGGACUACCCGAUCGACAUCGUGACCCAGGUGACCAAGUUCCUCAAGUGGCCGCUGGAAAAGCUCUUCCGGGACCUCCGCCAGGCGCAGAGUCCCCCGCUGAUGGAAAAUGGCGACGGGGCGCUGGUCUGCGACUCUCUGACGCGCAUCGUGCGGCCGGGCUGGGCAAAGAACACCAAUUCCCGCUGGCUCGUGGUUAUCAACACCCACAACUACGAACAGUUCGUCACAGAGACGACAUGUAGGCACGAAAACAGCCAGUGCAAUUUCGUGGCGCCCUGCUUCUACGCCAGCUGCCAGCAGCGAUUCAACAUCCAGAAGCUGCUGGUGAUCGACCCGAGCAACCCGUACAAGGGACCCUUCUUGUCCCAGUUCCUGUUCCCUUCCUGCUGUGUCUGUUACGUUCCUGGAACCAGGGCGAUUAAUCUUCAGCAGCCAAAGUCGCCUUACCACGAAGACCUGUAA